AUGGAAACAACAACGACUGAAGACAUUAUCAUCAUCACAAACGCUAUUGCCAAUGGCAGGUUUGCUAUGCCAAAUCUCAACUCCGUUGGUGAUAUCAUGGGCUUUCAAAGGGAGGGCCUUGCCGAAUAUCGUGAUGGUAACUGCUACAAGGGAGAUGAAGGCACUGAUGACGGAUGCGUUGUCCUGAAGACAGCCGACGGCAGGAAGAGAAAUGCAGAUUCCUUUUCCGGUAUAUCUCAGAUGCUCACAUCUUUGAGUCCCAGCAGGACCGUCCUCUAUACUCUACAGUUCUACUACGUCGUGAUUGAAGUUGGACCUAGCCAGGCAUGUACAAUUGAUGCAUACCUCGGAACUCUUCAAGCCUUUUCACAGACGCUUUCCAUUGGUGACGCAUUUCUAUAUCUUGUUCUGGACGCGGAGUGA